CCUAAGCUCUAGUUUCCGGGCGAAAUCGAGCUGUCAGAUCCAAAAUCCACCCUUUUUGGGGGGAAAAGCAAAAACUACGAACGCUUUAGAGGGAUUAGGAGAUUCGUGUAGACUGACCAUAGUCCACGAAUUUUCCAAGGUCCCUAAAAUACGAUCCGUCUGAUUAAAUUCCUUUCGGAAAGAACCGGGUUGUGGGCCGCACCCAAGCAAUUCCUCCUGUGAUUCACCAAAAACGCAUUUACUUCCUUUUUGAGAGUGCAGUGGAAUUUUUAAAGUAAUUUUUGUCAAUUGAGUGCAAUAUUUAUUCCCAAGUUUGCUCCUGUGAGAAAUGACAGACAUACACAAUUUGGGAUUGGAUGCAAUCUCCUGUCAUGCCUGGAAUAAAGAUCGAACUGAAGUGGCCUUGUGUCCAAACAAUAAUGAGGUUCACGUGUACAAGCAACAGUCGAUGGGUUGGAAGCAAUUACAAGUAAUGCAGGAACAUGAUCAGCGGGUAACUGGAAUCGAUUGGGCUCCAAAGACAAAUCGAAUCGUAACUUGUGCAGCUGACAAGAACGCUUUUGUCUGGACUCUAGGUGAAGACGGAAAGUGGAAUCCUGCUUGGGUUUUGCUGCGGACAAAUCGAGCUGCCACUUGUGUCAAGUGGUCUCCUCUAGAAAAUAAAUUCGCUGUUGGUUCUGGUGACAGAAUUAUUUCCGUUUGUUAUUUUGCUUCCGAGAACAAUUGGUGGGUCUCGAAGCACAUCAAGCGACCACUCCGUUCGACAGUGACGGCAAUUGACUGGCAUCCGAACAACAAAAUUUUAGUAGCCGGAUCAACUGAUUACAAAGUUCGAGUUUUCAGUGCUUGCAUUAAAGAUAUGGAGGAUGCUCAAAACCAAAGUGCCUGGGGAACCAGUUCCUCGUUAGGAACAUUAUUUGCCGAGUUUGCAAAUUCCCUCAGCGGAGGUGGAUGGGUGCACGCAGUUGCGUUCAGUCCCUGUGGCAACAAAAUUUGCUGGGUUGGUCACAAUUCCUCGAUAUGCGUUGCAGAUGCGACGAAAGGAAAUGCAGUUUUCAGAUUAUUCACUGAGCAUUUACCCUUUUUAAGCUGCUUGUGGGUGGGACCUAAUUCCAUUGUCGCAGCGGGCCACAAUUGCAUGCCAAUGUUGUACUCUGUGGACGACAAUGGUCAAAUUUACUUCGCAUCGAAGUUGGACAAUACGCAAAAGAAGGGAGCAGCUGGAUUAUCAGCCAUGCGAAAAUUUCAGUCGUUGGAUCGACAAGCGAGAGUUGAAACGAACGACAGUUCGCUCGACAGUAUUCACCAAAACACAGUUACUUGUUUGCGCAAAGUCUCUGAAUUGAGAUUCAGCACGAGCAGUUUGGAUGGUCAACUUGUCCUUUGGGACUUGAAGCUCUUGGAGAACUCGAUGGCUGGAAUGAAGAUAUGAGUCACUCGGCUUUUUACGCGCUCUCCAAAACAAUACUGUUGCACUAAGUGCAAUAAUGUAUAAAAAUAAUAAUAAAUGUUACCCUCUUUCUCAAAA